AUGGAUAAGCUAAACAUAAAUCCUUUGAAAGAGAUAGAAUUGAUCCUUUAUAGGGCUGAAUUCUACAAUGGCAACAAGACAUUUUUCUAUGGUGAUCUUUACCGGUGUGAUGUGGAAAAGCAGGAAUGGAAGUUAAUUACAAGCCCUAAUAGUCCACCUCCUUGUAGUGCUCAUCAAGCAGUUGCUUGGAAGAAUAAUCUCUAUAUCUUUGGUGGUGAGUUUACAUCCCCAAAUCAAGAGUGGUUCCAUCACUACAAGGACUUUUGGACGUUGGAUCUGAAAACAAACCAAUGGGAACAGAUAAAUCUAAAAGGUUGCCCUAGCCCACGCUCAGGUCAUCGAAUGGUUUUAUACAAGCACAAGAUUAUCGUUUUCAGUGGAUUCUAUGACACUCUUAGAGAAGUGAGGUAUUAUAACGAUUUGUAUGUAUUUGGCCUGGAUCAAUACAAGUGGCAAGAAGUAAAGCCUAGUCCUGGAUCCAUGUGGCCAAGUGCUCGUAGUUGUUUUCAGUUUUUUGUUAACCAAGAUGAGAUUUUCUUAUAUGGUGGCUAUUCCAAAGAAGUUUCAUCUGAUAAGAGCAGCUCUGAGAAAGGAAUUGUUCAUUCAGACAUGUGGUCACUUGAUCCUACAACUUGGGAAUGGAACAAGGUUAAGAAAAGUGGGAUGCCUCCUGGGUCAUGUGCUGGCUUUACCAUGUGUAUUCAUAAGAGGCGGGCCUUGCUAUUCGGUGGUGUGGUGGAUAUGGAAGUUCAAGGUGAUGUUAUAAUGAGCUUGUUUCUGAAUGAACUUUAUGGCUUCCAGAUAGACAGCUAUCGGUGGUAUCCAUUGGAGCUAGGAAAGGAGAAGUCAACGAAAGAUAAGGCGUCGGAAUCUGAAUGGGUGGAAGCUGAGGAUGAAGAUGAUAGUGAAGAUGACGAUGAGGAUGGCAACAGUGACAAGACUACUGAUGAUGAUGUGGAGGUGCAUCAAAUUUUCCUCAUUCAGCAAAAGAUAGUUGUGUUGUUUUUGUAGUUUAGGCAUGCACCCUCUUUAACUUGUUAGCAGCAAGAUUGAACCCUUAGUUUUUCC